UUUGCGCUGCGGGCAGAGAAAGGAGCGGAGUGCCUGCAGCGGCCCAGCCGAGCCUGCCGCACGCAACGGGGCCGAGCCAUGUCUGACCAGGAAGCAAAACCUUCAGCUGAGGACUUAGGAGACAAGAAGGAAGGAGAAUACAUUAAACUCAAAGUCAUUGGGCAGGACAGCAGUGAAAUUCACUUCAAGGUGAAAAUGACAACACACCUCAAGAAACUCAAAGAAUCAUACUGUCAAAGACAGGGUGUUCCAAUGAAUUCACUCAGGUUCCUCUUCGAGGGUCAGAGAAUUACUGAUAAUCAUACCCCCAAGGAGCUGGGGAUGGAGGAGGAAGAUGUGAUUGAAGUUUAUCAGGAACAGACGGGGGGUCACUCAACAGUUUAGAUCCUUCUGUUUGUUUUCUUCCCCCUUAAUCCUUUUUUAUUUUUAAAUAAUAGUUCUUUUGUAAUGUGGUGUUCAACACUGAAUUGAAACUGGCACCCCAUCUCUGGGAGUUUUAUUUUCAAGCGUCUGAUAUUUUGAAUUCUCGUGCUCAUUAUACAUUAUUGUUUCUGUUUUAAUUGUGCUGAACUUUUGUGAUCCAGCUGCAGCCUUGCUUCCCUCUUCCCUUCUGCCCUCCCCUCUAGAAAUAUAUGUACACACAUGCAUUUGUAUGUUCACUAAGUUCGUGCAUUUCAGGCACGAAGGCUGUAAGAUCUGCUGGGUGGGCGAGUGUUCUUAAUGACUUCCAUAUCUGCCCUGAAGUUUUGAUGUGUGACUGUUUCACUCCUGGACUAUAACUUUCAGUGCGAGAUGAAGUUUUCAGAGAACUAAACUGGAGAAAUGUGUAUCCCUAACUCAGAGCUAUUUUGCUUAAAUUGUGCUGAUGGCCCUACAAAGAAGAUUACCAAGUUGGAAAUGGAAAAGCUAGAACUGUUGUCAUCUGUACCUUGCUCCAGAGAUGGCUUUGCUGAAGACAUGAAAUUGAAAACCCCAAUGAUUCUUAAGUCUUGCCAGAAGAGCAUUUUAACCUCAUUUAGCAAUUAAAACACACAGGUAUUCAUGCGAGAAUGUGCACAGGCAAUUGGUUUACUUAGACACUCUUGUUUGUAUCUUUUGGCCUGGGACGUGGGUUUUGAAUGGACAUUGUCUGUACCAGCUUCAUUUAAAAUAAACAAGAAAAACAAUUUUAUAAACAACUUGCAUUUUCUUUUCAAAUAUUUGGAAACAAGCAAAACC